AAAAGGGAAGCGAGCCGUCAAGCUCUAAAAAGUUGCUACCUUACCCUGCUGCUUCUCUCCUCCUUUCUACACGGCUCUUUGAUCUGCUCCGAAGUUGGAGACAUGGAGUUCGGCAGCCAGAUUUUCGUUUGGUGAGCUUCCUCUACCUCGCUUGUCGGCGCCUGCCUUGCCUUUCUUUUUCUUCCCGUUAGCUUUUCGGGUCGCAGGGCUUUCUAUUUGUUUCGCUUUUUAUAGCGAGGUACUUUUUUUCCUUUGACGAAUUGGCAUCGCCCCCUUUGGCAUCCUGAACCCUUGUUUUUGUGGUUGGUGCGCCUCUCUUGCCCUUGCGCUCUGGGAGAUCUGGGAUGGGGAAUUGCUGGGGAGUCAAGAUCAAGGCGGAGAGCCCUUGCCACAGCGCCUUUACCUCAGGUGCGAACUUAAAACAAGGUAGCCGGGUGGGCAACACGUCUAGUAGUUCUAGCAGCAGAUUGUCAGUGCCUCCAACCCCUCGGAGUGAGGAUGAGAUUUUGAAAUCAUCAAAUGUAAAGAGUUUUACCUUCAAUGAGCUGAAAACCGCCACCCGAAACUUCAGGCCAGACAGUGUCUUAGGCGAGGGAGGGUUUGGCUCAGUUUUCAAGGGGUGGAUAGAUGAGCACACAUUUGCACCAACCAAGGCUGGAACUGGUAUUGUCAUUGCAGUGAAGAAGCUCAACCAGGAAGGAUACCAAGGUCACAGGGAAUGGUUGACAGAGGUUAAUUACUUGGGUCAAUUAACUCAUCCUAAUCUUGUAAAGCUAAUUGGAUAUUGCGUGGAGGACGAGCAACGGCUCCUUGUCUAUGAAUUCAUGCAAUGCGGCAGCUUGGAUAAUCAUCUUUUUAGAAGGAGUUCAAGCAUUCAACCACUAUCUUGGAACAUUCGUAUGAAGAUUGCUCUUGGUGCCGCUAAAGGACUUGCCUUUCUGCACAGUGAGAAAGCAAAAGUCAUAUAUCGUGACUUGAAAGCCUCUAAUGUGCUUCUGGACUCGAACUACAAUGCAAAACUUUCAGACUUUGGAUUAGCGAAAGAUGGUCCAAGCGGCGAUGAUACCCAUGUCUCUACAAGGGUCAUGGGUACCCAUGGAUAUGCAGCCCCUGAAUACCUUUCAACAGGUCAUUUGACUCCCAAGAGCGAUGUCUAUAGCUUCGGAGUUGUCCUACUGGAAAUGUUGUCUGGAUGCCGUUCCUUGGACCGGAACCGUCCUAUUGGACAGCACCACCUGGUAGAGUGGGCGAAGCCUUUACUAGCAAGCAAGCGGAAAUUUUUCCGUGUCUUGGAUAGUCGAUUGCGGGGACAGUAUCCGCAGCUGGCUGCCCAAAAGGCUGCCCUUCUCGUACUCCAGUGCCUAUCAGCUGAAGCAAAGUACAGGCCAACCAUGGACCAGGUGGUUUCUGCACUAGAGGAGAUACAAAACAUUAAAGAUCCCAGCCGAACCGUCAGUUCAGAACAUAAGUCACACAGCCAAAGCAUGAACAACAAAGCUGGAAGGCCUCGGGCAACAAGUAUAGAAGAAUCUGGUAAUAGAAAAGCUACCUAUCCGAGGCCCUCAGCCUCCCCACUCUAUACGUAAUAUACACACUCCCAGGGAAGCUGUAAGUAAACAAAUUGAACAAGAGAAUGUGUUUUUAGUUAUGUUUUGUACAGCUUCUCUUUUUAAUCAUACUUGUUGACUCUGUUACAAACAUAUUUCAUCAUCUCUUGCCUGGUAAGUAUUGUAUUUUCAGUGA